AUGGCGGCCAAAAGCCUCCCUGGGGAGGAAGGGGACAACCUGUGCCGUGUCCAGCUGUUCCCCGAAGCACUUCAUUUCUGCCCUUGCCAGGGCGGGCUGAUCGCGCUGCUCCUGCUCCUCCUGGUGUUCAUGGUGGCCCUGUACGCCCAGCGGCGCUGGCACAAGCGCCGCCGCAUCCCGCAGAAGAGCGCCAGCACCGAGGCCACCCACGAGAUCCACUACAUCCCCUCGGUGCUGCUGGGCCCCCAGGCCCGAGAGAGCUUCCGCAACUCGCGCCUCCAGGCCCACAACUCCGUCAUCGGGGUGCCCAUCCGAGAGACCCCCAUCCUGGACGACUACGAGGACGAGGAGGAGGAGGAGACCCCACGGCAGGCAGAGCCCAGCACCAGGGAGGACGAGUUUGGCAGCCAGGUGACACGGACACUGGAGAGCCUGGGUCGGGGCGGGGAGGAGAAACCCGACUACGAAAAGAAAGCUCCCGAGGUGACGCAGGAGACGGUGGAAUCCCUGAUGCAGAAGUUCAAGGAGAGCUUCCGCACCAACACGCCCAUCGAGAUCGGGCAGCUCCAGCCCGCGCUGCGCAGCACGUCCGUGGGGAGACGGAAACGCCGGAGCCGCCCCCGAGGUGGGAUCGGGUUUGGACGUGCCAAAGGAAACUCUGGCUCAGAGGCGGAUGAUGAAACCCAGCUCACCUUCUACACGGAGCAGUAUCGGAGCCGGAGACGAAGCAAAGGUUCCAUGAAGAGCCCUGUCAACAAGACGGCGCUGACCCUGAUCGCGGUCAGCUCCUGCGUGCUGGCCGUGGUCUGCGGCUCGCAGCUCUCCUGCCCGCUGACCGUCAAGGUGACUCUGCACGUACCCGAGCACUUCAUCGCCGACGGCAGCAGCUUCGUUGUGAGUGAGGGGAGCUACUUGGACAUCUCCGACUGGCUUAAUCCAGCCAAGCUGUCCCUGUACUAUCAGAUCAAUGCCACGUCCCCCUGGGUGAGAGACCUCUGUGGACAGAGGACCACUGAUGCCUGUGAGCAGCUCUGUGACCAAGACACAGGAGAGUGCAGCUGCCACGAAGGGUACGCCCCAGACCCCGUCCACCGGCACUUGUGUGUGCGCAGUGACUGGGGACACAGCGAAGGGCCAUGGCCCUACACAACGCUGGAGCGGGGAUAUGACUUGGUCACAGGAGAGCAGGCGCCAGAGAAGAUACUCAGGUCUACCUAUAGUUUGGGUCAAGGGCUGUGGCUUCCAGUCAGUAAGAGCUUCGUAGUGCCCCCUGUGGAGCUUUCCAUCAAUCCUCUUGCCAGCUGCAAGACAGAUGUUCUGGUGACAGAAGAUCCAGCAGAUGUCAGGGAAGAAGCGAUGCUGUCCACCUACUUCGAAACCAUCAAUGACUUGCUCUCCUCCUUCGGGCCGGUCCGGGACUGUUCCCGCAACAACGGCGGCUGCACCCGCAACUUCAAGUGCGUUUCGGAUCGCAAGGUGGACUCCACGGGCUGUGUGUGCCCCGAGGACCUCCGACCCAUGAAGGAUGGCACCGGUUGCUACGACUACUCCAAAGGGAUCGACUGCUCAGAUGGCUUCAACGGGGGCUGUGAGCAGCUCUGUCUCCAGCAGACCCUCCCUCUGCCCCACGACCCCUCGUCCAGCACCAUCUUCAUGUUCUGUGGGUGCGUGGAGGAAUACAAGCUGGCCCCAGAUGGGAAGUCCUGCCUGAUGCUCUCUGACAUCUGUGAGGGCCCCAAGUGCCUGAAGUCGGAUGCCAAGUUCAACGACACCCUUUUUGGGGAGAUGCUCCAUGGCUAUAACAAUAGGACCCAGCAUGUCAACCAAGGCCAGGUGUUCCAAAUGACUUUCAGGGAGAAUAACUUCAUCAAGGACUUCCCACAGCUGGCUGACGGGCUCCUGGUGAUCCCGCUGCCCGUGGAGGAGCAGUGCCGUGGUGUCCUCUCGGAGCCCCUUCCCGACCUCCAGCUUCUCACUGGGGACAUCAAGUACGACGAGGCAAUGGGCUACCCCAUGGUGCAGCACUGGCGGGUCAGGAGCAACCUCUACAGGGUGAAGCUCAGCUCCAUCACCCUCUCUGCAGGCUUUGCAAACAUCCUGAAGAUCCUGAACAAGGACAGCAGCCGGGAGGAGCUGCUCUCCUUCAUCCAGCAGUUUGGCUCCCACUACAUCGCAGAGGCGCUGUACGGCUCCGAGUUCAGCUGCACCAUCCACUUCCCCAGCAAGAAGGUCCAGCAGCAGCUCUGGCUCCAGUACCAGAAAGAAACAACUGAGCUUGGGAACAAGAAGGAGCUGAAAUCCAUGCCCUUCAUCACGUACCUGUCAGGCCUGCUGACGGCACAGAUGCUGUCUGAUGACCACCUCAUCUCCGGUGUGGAGAUUCACUGCGAGGAGAAAGGGCGCUGCCCCUCCACCUGCCACCUGUGCCGGCGCCCCGGGAAGGAGCAGCUCAGCCCCACACCGGUUCUGCUGGAGAUCAACAGGGUGGUGCCUCUGUACGCCCUGAUCCAGGAGAACGACACCAGGGAGGCCUUCAAGGGAGCCCUGAUGAGCUCAUACUGGUGCUCGGGGAAAGGCGAUGUUAUCGAAGACUGGUGCAGGUGCGACCUCAACGCCUUCGAUGAGAACGGACUCCCGAACUGCAGCCCUCUCCCUCCGCCUGUCCUGAGGCUCUCCCCCAACGUGGAGCCCUCCAGCACCGUGGUCAGUCUGGAGUGGCUGGAUGUGCAGCCUGCCAUUGGGACAAAGGUGUCUGACUAUGUCCUGCAGCACAAGAAGGUGGAUGAGUACACGGACACAGACCUCUACACAGAAGAGCAGCAACAGCAUCGUAUCACCGAGUCUGGCUUUGUGAGGGCUUCUGUGGGCAGCAAACUUGGUGGAAGCAAGAAAUGUGGCGUGGUGGGGCAGGGUGGAGCAGCAGGACCCUGCAGGAGGGCAGAAGAAUUGUCUGUCUUCAGUUUCCCUGGUUCCAGGUGUAUGUUCAUUGAAGCUGAUGACUUCUCCACUUUGCUGUACACUAAAUCACCCAAGUGCUGA